GUGUGCCAUUAAACAACGUCACAGUUCACAAAUGCUGCGCAGCGGCGUCAUACGCGGAGUUAUCGAAAGAAUAGCAGUUUAACGUGAAAUUGCGCUUUAUUUUUGAUAUAUUUUAUUUAUACAACUUUAAACAACUUCCAACAGUUACGUGUGGUGUGUUAUACGCGUUUUUUUCGCCAGUGGUACCGUAAAAUCAGGAAACGCUUACCCAAGCUUCGGCUUGGUAGGAGAAGUUGUACGUGUGUGUGUGUGUAUUGUUGUUUUUUGUUCAGUUAACUCGUAUUCAAAAUGCCACCAACUGUGGCCACCAACAGCUCUAUCGUUAAUCGUGACUAUUCGACGCAUGUAAAUAAUAUCUCGACGUGUGCAAUACGACGGUCGUCAGCAGCUGAUGCUGGUACGUUAGCAGCAACGAUAACAACACGCCGAUCGCAGAAAAAUUUGACCCAGAAGAAUGCUGCUGGCCGUAAGACUACAAACGAUCUUCGGCAUAAGCUAAUUGACUGCAAAGUGGUUUUACAAAAUAUAUUUGCACAAAAUGUCUCGUCGAAAGAAAUUUCCCAAAAUGAGAAAGAUAGCAGCAGUGUCAUCCAUAUCGACAUUUCAGCAAACAACGAAGAUGAUAACACCACAGACCCAGUGCAAGAGCAGCAGAAAAUUGCCGCAGAACGAAUCAGCAACGUUACUCGGCGAACAAAACCACGACGAACGAAGACAAAUGAAAACCCAAACAACUCGGUCGAAAAGCAGCGUCACACCAUCAGCGUCGUUCCGGACGAUCAUUCUUCGAUCAUACAUCUUGACGAAUCCAGUGUCAGCACGAAACGCUCGAGAAAUAAGCGCAACACACAAAGUAUUGCCGAAAUACCGGAUCUAAAAGAAACGGGAAAACAAAUACAAACAGACUCCAACGAUGAUGAUGUCAUCGUACAAGCGCUACAAGACACUGCCGUCCCAGAGAAACGACGCACUGCAAGACGCGUAUCGUUUCAAACGAUUGCGGACAGUGGCAAAAGUAACGUAACUUCCCGCUUACCAUCGAAGCGGAAACCUGGCAGCAUUAUACCUUCACACGAAUCCGGUGUUUCUCCACCAAAACGAGCUCCCGAUACUCAACCCUCGAUUCUAGAACAUUCGUCUCAGGCAGUAUCUUCCGCGAACAAUGAGAAAGAGGUUCUUACUGUGAAUGUUAAGGACAAUGUCUGCACUGGAAUAGGAGGACUGCUGGAUAAAAUAGACAAACACGUGUUUAAAUCUCUCAUCAUUUCUAUCAAACGCAUUGUGCCGGUACUGCCAGAGGCAGAAUUGAAACGGCUCAAGUAUCCCGAGCCUGACUCGACGCAAGAAACAACAGUUUCACAGCACUCUUCCUCCAGCAGAGCAACCGAACUGCAAGGCAACAACAAUGUGACGGAAAAACAACGAACCUUAGAGUGGCAAAAAUCAAGUGUAGAAAAACCUCAAAUUGUUGUCACAUCUCCAAUUAUUGAAGUGCCAGAAUCACCAACUCCCGCACCGGAGAGCAAAUUGCUAAAUGUUUCGAAUCUCGCUCCACCAAACACGGCAAAACCACAAGCCGAUACUUUUAAAAAGCCACAUUCAGCCAAAAUUCCACCUGCAGCAAAACCACAAUCCAAUACAAUUAAAAACCCACAUCCAGCUAAACUUCCACCAUUGCCACUUUUGAUAGAGGAGGAGAACGAUGACGUGUACGAAUUUCUGUCGUCCUCUCAACAGAGCGAUUCUACCACAUCAAGUAAACCCGCUCGAAAAACGAAACAAAAGAAGGAGAAGAAACGAGCUGGCCAAACGGCGAAGAAGAACCUGAAAACUGCAACGACAAAACCUAAGGCAAAGUCACAAAAAUCAGGCAAUGUUUUUGGCUUCGAUAAAAAAGCCCUAACGAAGGUGAUCAAAAACAUAGGCGGUGGACCGGUGAAGCAGCCAGCCAAGACUGAUUAUAAGAUUAACAUGGAAAUUCCCAAAACACCACCCGUCGUAGCUCCGCCUCCGCCGGGACCGCCGACAGUACAUACGCUGUCAGACAAUUUGGAGCUUCAUUUUGACGACCAUCCACCGCUAGAAGCUUCGCGAAUCCUUAAUCCUGCGGUGCAACGCCUAAAACCGGUCCGAUCACAAGGGCCCCUCACGUCUACGCCCGCACAAAAAUCAGGCCUCGCCAAUAGCCCCAGCGUAGCAUCAAUCUCGUGCAAUCCGGCAUCACCCUGGCGCUUGCAGGAGGAUAUGAUCGUUCCCCGUACCAGCUACAUGCACAGGACGAAAGAGAUGCUUCCAUCGUACGAAAGUAUUGCCAGCGAAAACAACAACGUUCCUGUUGGUCCUGCAAAGCAUUUCAUCACCGAGCGCCGUAAAUCUCCAUGCGCUGAAACGACGGUGCAAACUGUCGCGGAAUUUCCGACAGAAGCAAAUCUGCCCGAACCAUCAGCAAUCAGCGAUAAGGACAUUCGCGAGAUCGAACAAAUGUACAAAGAGCUGAAGGCGACGAGCGAGAUGAGCGCUAAAUUGAUCACAGCUAUGCGAAGGUGCAAGACGAAGGGAGCCACGCCGCAGCAGGAUCAAAAUAUGCGGCAAGCUUGCACGAAGUUGAAAAAAUGGUACGAGCGUUCGAUGCACGCAUUCAACCAUUCGAUGCGCAUCAUUGGCAGUAUUCAGCGCAUGAAUAACGGCGUCACGGAGCAGCGGCCGACAGCGUGUCCGUCUCCGUUGUUGUCCCAGGAGCAGCAACGAACGGUGGAAAAUUUCAACCUCAGCACCGGUCAGUUCCGCUCCAUGAUAGAGGACCUACAGUUGGCUAUGAAUGAUUCCGACAUCGAAAACCGUCCUCCACCGGCAUCUCUCCCCUCCUCCACCUCCUCGAGUGGUGUGACGAAAGUACCGGCUGCACUGGCCGAAGCAAAAAGCUCGAUCGGAGUUUUACAGUCAAAAUGUCCCAAAGAUGUGAUCGUGUUGCCCGAACGAGGCACUACAGCUAAUCGGAAUCCGCUGAUGCCGUUGAAUGUAUUGCCACUACCACAGCGUGACAGUCCCUUAAUGUCUCCGCUAGCCAAGAAGCUACCUGCCGCCGCCGAGGGGGAAGCGACAACCCCAAAUCUCAUCCGGCGCGAGCUUCAGUAUGACAAGGAGAACGAUGGAUCCGUUGCAUUCACUGAGACACAAUCGAAUCAACGACACUCUAACGAUGUCCCGCAAACUAAAUCCCUUGCUCCGUCCGUCGGCAGUGUGGUAGAGAUAUUCGACGAAACGACGGAUAAUGCUUCCGUCAACCCGGACAAUGACGCCCACAGCAACGAAAACGACGAGCGUGCUCCGCAUGCGGAAAACUGUACGCGGGAUUACUUCGGAUUCAACGAGGAGGACGAUGAGGUGGUGGAAAACUCGGUUACCCAGGUUACGCUGCCGAUGCCCCUGAACAUCUCGAAUGAAACGCUUCACCAUCGACUGCACAAUGUGAAACAGUUGCUUCCCAAGCGACCCAUUUUCCGACGGCAGCCAAAACAGCUGCAAACCCGCUCCAGCGGUCCUACCCGGUUUCCGACGAAAAGCCUACGCGUGUUCAGCAGUCCCACGAAACGGCCCCAUACACUGCGCGAGUUUGUUGCCUCUACACCACGCCCUGGUGGUGGUGUAACUUCAACGGAACAGGCAGCAGGACCAUCAGCAGCUACGAAGCCGUUUGUCAUCGAUGCGCCGGAUGUAUCAGUGAUCGAACCAAACUGCGAGAACGUGGAGCGAAACGUGGAUCCCGAUGUGGUGCUUUUCGACACACCGGACCGACCGGCAUGGCUAAACAAUUCGGCUCAUCAAAAAACAUAUGCGCGGGUACCAAAACUUCGAAAGAAGAAGAAAAACAUCUAUCUAGCUAAUCUGGGGCUUGAUGAUGACGACGAUGAGGAAGAGGAGGAAGACCCGGCUGGCUCGGAUGAUGGCCAAGAGCUCAGCUCAGAUUCGGAAACGGACGAAGCGAAGCGAAAGAAGAACAAAAAACAGCGCAAAGCUAAACGAAAACCAGUCCCAGUAGAACAGACAAAGGAUUUCAAAGAGUUUGUCGACAACUUUAACAGCAUGUGCGAAGAGGUCGAACGGUACGAGCUGAUUGUUGAGUAGCGAUCGAUCUAAUCGUAUCGGAGCCGAAAACAACACAACGACGACACAAGCUGCUGGAAACGGCCACACGCGCACACCGUAAAGAAGAAAAUGUUUUGUUUGCCACUUCUAUUUUGCUAAGCGAUUAUGUUUCAAUUUUAGUUUUGUUUUUCGUACUUUAGUUUGCAUUAAUUCGUGGAAGGAAUAUAUAUUUAUAAAUCCUUAUUUACUUCUGUUCACAAGUUAACGUCAUUUACUUGUCUGUCCUCGAAGGAUAUGGUUUGGUCGUACCAUCAAUCUAAACGAUUUCUAUAGUUUGUUCUAGUUUUACGCAUUCUUUUUCAUGACACGAACUAUAUUCAUUCACGUUUUGAAAUCAACAAUGAAAUUCUUUUUUUAAUAUUCUUUUGGAGUGUAAAACAUCAAUGCAAAGUGAACAAUAUUAGCGAGACAUACAAACACUGCUACUUACCGCGAACAGCUGGGGUACCGGUUCGGAACAGGCGGUUCGGAUUCAUCAUCCCAAAACAUGCCUUACGCAACAUUUCUACUUUAAUUUUGUUUCUUUAUUUCUUUUGCACUACGUUCUCUCUGCGUUAGAGCUGGUCACUGUCAAUCAUAUUGAAAUGAAAAGGAAUUUUUCUCACGGGAUUUUCUUCACUCCUAUAUCUUGUGUUGCUUUCGGGGGAAGUUUUUCGUGCUUGUAAUUGUCUUUUUCGUAACUGAUUUCACUAUCUGCAACGGAGACACAUCGAAACCAAUAAAUAAUAAUACAUGCUACAGAUA